ACGGAUCGACCAAUAGCAAAGAUGAAGGAAGGUAACGUCAACGCAGCUAGCAUACCACCGCUGUAUGCCUGUGAACUUGUCGCAGCAGGCGAAAGAAGAAACCGUCAAAGAAAGAAGAUGGCGAGAGGCGGCCGGAGCUUACGGAAAGUAGCAGAGUACCUGAAGCAGUUACCGAACACAGCGAGCCGGGAAAUCCAGGCCAGGAAUAAUGUCAGAUACCUGUCGUCAUGUGGCAUCCUGAUGACGCGUGUGCCUUCUCUGCUAGGCGGAGCCAUGUCCGGUCGGCCCGUCGUCCUGCCGGCACGCAGCUUCUUCAACCUCACCGACUCCUUCUCCAAGAGAAAGGAGUACUCGGAGAGACGCAUCAUUGGGUAUUCCAUGCAGGAAAUCUAUGACGUUGUGGCGGAGGUGGAAAACUACCGCCACUUCGUUCCCUGGUGUAAGAAGUCGGAUGUUGUGUUCAGGCGCUCCGGGUUCUGUAAGGCCAAGCUGAUGGUGGGCUUCCCCCCUGUGGUGGAGAACUACACCUCCCUAAUCACGACGGUGCGACCCCACCUGGUCAAGGCGUCCUGUUCAGACGGGAAGCUGUUCAACCACCUGGAAACGGUGUGGCGCUUCAGCCCGGGCCUCCCUGGCUACCCUCGGACCUGCACCGUGGAUUUCGCUAUCUCCUUCGAGUUCCGCUCCCUCCUCCACUCCCAGCUCGCCAACGUCUUCUUCGAUGAGGUGGUGAAGCAGAUGGUGUCGGCGUUCGAGCGCCGCGCCUCCACGAUACACGGUGCCGAGACGCCCAUCCCCCGCGAGCUGAUGUUCCACGAGGUCCACCACACGUAGCACCCGCCGCUGACCUCCCGCCUCCAUGGCCCCGCCCACCAGCUUCACAUGACAACACAAGAGAAACACAACGCCAAAGAGCCAGAGGCCCGCCGCCCCGCCCCGCGCCGCGCCGCGCAGCGCAGUGCCUUUCCCACAACAGAGAGCAACCUGUCAGGAAGCGGCCUCCAGCCGUAACCAUAAAGACCAAGCAGCCCGCUCGUUUUUAAAAAGAAUAUCUGCACCUCAGUUUAAACCGUAAUGCUGUCACAUCUGACGAAGCACAUCAAGAAAUCCAGCUGGAACCACGGAAUGGCUAGCAUUUUAGCGUUAGCUUUUCUUAAAGUUUUCUACUGAUUGUCAGCUGUUUGUUGAACUCUUUUCUACAUGAAGUGGCCUUUUUCUAGGCGAGCCUUUUCCGGUUCCAGCGCGUCGAACUGGAGGAUUUGUUGCUUGUCUUUGUCAAAUCUGAUUGUAAACGUCUCCGUUAGAGGAGUUCUGACUAAAUCAGAGAAGUUGCUCUGAGCAACGCUAACCGGGCGUUGGGAUUGGUCUGAUUGAUUGGUUUUUAGGAAA